UUUCAGGUCGGUAUUUGGCGAUUCCAUCGCGAUGACGUCACAGUGUGUUGUACGGGGUGUUGUUGAAAAUGUUGUAUAAAUCGGUGCAUAUCGUGAAAUAGCGUCGUUUUGUUUGUAAAGUUUUGUUCUUUUUCGUGUUGGUUAUUGAUUGAAUUGCGCUUGAAGCCGCCGCGCUAGCUCGUCUUGUAAAAUCGCAGUUUCCUGCAUUACCGGCCAUGGAGGCCUCGUUGCGUUAAAUAAUCAAUAAUAUAAAGUCGGUCUGUUUUAAUAAUAAUCGGGCCUUGAGGCGAUGAUCGGAGUGCGUUUAGGGGUCCCCCUUGGGUGGUGAGCCCCCUUGGCCCGUUUCGGCAACCCGCCAGCUGUCAAAUCGGAGGAAUCUCAUUUUCGUAUCCUUGGAGACUGCCUUAGCAACCGAUACAACAACAUAACAACAUUAGGUAAAUCCGCAAUCGGUGUGUGUUUUUGUGUUUGUUGGCGAUUUAGCGGCACGUGCCCCCGGACGCCGCCCCCGCCCGCCGCCGCCGCUCCCAUUAAUAACUUUAAAUUAGUUUCGUCGACUCAAAGGGCGUAAUUAGGGCCCCCCAACCCCAAUUAACUUAGCAGUCUAAGCAAAGCCAGGAGAGAGAGAGCAUCAGGAGUAGCCUUGGAAACGCAGCCAUGGCAACUACAGCUCGAUUUGCAGCAGGAGGCAGCAGCAGCCCUCCCACUCCAACGCCAGCCACUUCACCCCCGGCACAGACUCCGGCUACCCAGCUAAUCGUACUGCCUGCUAGUUUGCACCAGUCGGGCACCGGAGGGGCUAUCGUCAACGGAGUGCCGGUCAUCGACGUCUCAGCACUGGAGCAGGCGGCAGAAUCAAGCAACGAGAGCACAGCCACUGCUGAGCAACAGGGGGAUACACACGAUACGGAUAAUAUUACACAAAGCUCGCCGCAUUUUAUCACAGUCACAGUUGCCGACGGUGACACGGUGGCAUCGCAUCAAAGCUAUCACAUACAGUAUGUGGAACCCGAGAUCUACGCGUCCCAAACGAACAGCGGACAGGCACAAAUGGCGUAUCCGGUGUACACUGUGGGCGAAUCAACAACUUUGUAUUCCGCCGGUCAGGGGCAGUAUUACGCCGCCACCAACACCGGCUCCUCUGCCACGGCAGGCACCGUGGGUUACAGCACCACAAGUGGCCACUACGUGGUGCAACAGGCCGUCGAUCCCGACACUUUGAUCGCAUCGACACGAAACUCCCCACAAACAACAAAUGCUGAACCGAGCUAUGUAGCUACAGCCACCGUGCAUGCAACUCAAAGCAAUCCAGUGAGCAAUGAGGAGGUCGGGUCGGCGUUGGGACACGCCACGAGGGUGUCUCCGGCUACUGUGCAAUGGUUGUUGGAGAAUUACGAAACGGCCGAAGGUGUGUCCCUGCCGCGGUCUACGCUCUAUGCUCAUUAUUUGCGCCACUGUGCCGAGAAUAAAUUAGAGCCGGUAAACGCGGCCUCGUUCGGUAAAUUAAUCAGAUCGGUGUUUCUCGGGUUGAGAACGCGAAGACUCGGAACUAGAGGCAACUCCAAGUAUCAUUACUACGGAAUUCGGGUAAAACCCGGUUCUUCAUUGAUGAAUAUGGACGAAUCGGGGAACAGAGUCGUACUGAAUACAUCGAACGCGUCGGGAAAAGCCCAAGGAACGGUUAGACCGUUUAAGAGAAAUUCUGAUUCGUCGGAUGCGUCGAUUUCGGUCAGUGUUUUGUCGCAACAUGUGACUUAUCUAGGGGAUGGAAGUAACGCGAUCCCGGCUUUUCCCGACAUACACUUCACGGCUGAGUCGCUACCCGACGAGUGUGGGUAUGAAGACGUCGAUACUUUGAAAUCCAUAUAUAGGGAACAUUUAGAAGCCUUCUUAGAUGCUAUAUUAAGUUUAGAAUUUACCACAAUAGAGUCGCUCUGGAGGGAAUUCUGGAGAUCACAAUAUAACAAUAACGGCGACGAAUGCGAAGAAGAAAAGUAUCUCUCGAAAUCGAAGUUGUUCUGUUUGUGUUCGAUGGAGGCUGUCCAACAGUUUAUGAAACAGGUCGAUCUGGUGUUUUAUCAGAAUUUGAUCCAAGUUUUGGUACCUGACGUACUUAAGCCCAUACCGGCCACCCUGACCCAGUCGAUUAGGAAUUUCGCCAAAAAUUUGGAAAACUGGCUGACGAGCGCGAUGGCAGGGGCGCCUCCCGGCAUGUUAACGGUGAAACUCUCGGCCGUUUCGGCCUUCAGUUCGAGCCUUCGCCGCUACACAUCCCUCAACCACUUAGCCCAAGCCGCUCGUGCCGUACUCCACAACAGCACUCAAAUCGCCCAAAUGUUGACCGAUUUGAACCGCGUUGACUUUCACAGCGUGCGUGAGCAAGCCUCCUGGGUCUGUCAGUGCGACAACGAGAUCGUGGCUCGCUUCGAAAACGAUUUCAAGCUCACUUUGCAGCAGCAAAACUCGCUCGAACAGUGGGCCUCAUGGCUAAAGAACGUCGUUAAGAGCGCGCUCAAGCCCUACGAGGGCAAGCCGAGCUUCUCGAAGGCGGCGAGGCAGUUCCUCCUCAAGUGGAGCUUCUACAGCUCGAUGGUCAUUCGGGACUUGACUCUGCGGUCGGCUGCGAGUUUCGGGUCGUUCCACCUGAUCCGCCUGCUGUACGACGAGUACAUGUUUUAUCUGAUUGAGCACCAGGUCGCCGAAGCUACGGGUGUGGUUCCUAUUGCUGUUAUCCUGGAGGGAAUCAAACAGGACAUAAUGCAAAACAGUUUGUCGAUUUAUGGCAACGACGGGGUUUGCAAUGGAGGUGUGAGCGCAAAGUUGAGUUGUGUGAGUCCCUCUGACCAUCUUUCGAAAAGGGCGAAAAUUAGCUAGCUUUCAAAAGGGGCGAAGUUUAUCGUGACAUUUCAAUAAGUUGGUUCGGUUGGUUAUGUUGCGGUAAAUACGGGACCAUUAUCUUUUCGUUUCUUCAUAGUUUCUCAUUAAUUUAUUUCACGUAUUUAGGAUGUGUAAUUUAAAUGUUUGAAUUGUGCAAUUGGUUAUGAAGCAUGUAUAAGUGCCGUCAAAUUUGUGUGACAAUAGGUGUAUAUAUUAUACUUAUAUAUGUACAUUGCCGCUAAAGGAAUUCUGUAAUUAUAAGUCACUGAGAUCAAGAGUUCUUAGACUGAUUUCGUUGGAUUUUGUUGUGUGUACAUAAUUAUUUAUUGUUUUUUUUUUCGUUUCUGUGUGUUAAUAAUUGUUAUUUUUUC